UUUUUUCUCUCUCCAGCUGAAUUGUGAUCAACAAGUCCUGAGUCUUCACACGUUGAGGCCACUCUAGUGGGUGAUGUUGGUUGUUGUGGGAAUUAAAUUGUCCCGCACAAUCCUCUUAGAAUAAACUGCGUCUCCAGCUGUUGCGGGGCAGAGAAGCAGCAGUGAGGAGCUGCUCGGACAGGUCAUCAUGGCAAAGCAGUCAGCUCCAGGCUGGUUUGGAGUUUUUCUCUCGACAACGACCAUAGCCAUUCUUGUGUGGAGUCCGGUCAGCGCUCAGCAUCCCAGAGGCAGCUUCCACCGCCCAACCAGAACCUCUGAGCCUAUUGUGAUACCGGGCCAUGUUUCAAGGGUUUAUCUGAGCCCCGAUCAGCUCAAACGGCUGCACUUCAAGCCCACUGUAGGCUCCAUCCAGCUGUCAGAGGGCCAUGAGGCUAAAUUCAACUGCUCCAUCGACAUCCCCGAUGCCAGGAUGGAGCCCACCAUCCUCUGGCUGAAGAACGGCCUGGACCUGGCGGAAAACAUCCAGGUGGUGAUCAACGAGCUCCAGACUGUCACAGACGGGGUCAUAACGCUCCUCUCCACUGUCAGCAUGAAUCAUGUGCAGCGAGUGGAUGCUGGGGAGUAUCGCUGCAGACUGCAGAUCAGCACCAGAACGGUAGAGUCUCAGUCGAUCACCAUUGAGGUGGAAGGUCUACCGACGUUUAUCCAUCAACCAGAGGACACGAACGUGACAAGAAACACACGUUUCGUGCUGUCAUGCGAGGCGGUAGGACCUCCGGACCCUGUUCAGAUCCGCUGGCUCCGCGAUGGAUUACCUGAUAGUGUCUAUCAUAACUCUUCCAGCAGCUUCUCCGUGUCAGGUGUGGACAAGUACACCCGGUUCAGCUGCGAAGCUUACAACAAGAAGGGUGUCACCACCUCCAGAGAAGCAAAUAUCAACAUCAAAGUGCUUCCCGGCCCUGUGUCUGAUUUAACUGUGACGGAGAGGCAGUCCAAUAAGAUGAUGUUGAGCUGGAGCCCCGGAUACGAUGGUUUCUCACCACUGACUAAAUGCCACAUCAGGGUCAAAGAGGUGAGUCGGAGGAAAGGGGAAGUGAUGACCACCAGGUUCAUCAAUGUCACAGCGCCCCCUUUCCAGUGCGAAGUCCCCGGGCUGCAGGCCAUGACGUGGUACAACGUGAGCGUUUCCUGCAGCAAUGAGGUGGGAGCCUCUCCUGUCACCAUGUGGAUCCAGAGCAACACCACAGAGGGAGUGCCGUCAGUUUAUCCCCGAAAUGUCACCGCACAACUAAAUGAGUCGUGGCUGGUGAUCAGGUGGAAACCUCCCCCAGACGAUAAGAUAAACGGCAUCCUGCGUGGCUAUGAUGUCAUUGUCCGACACGGCACACAAGUGAAUAAGAUCCACAGCUACACCACCGAGGCCUUUGUCGAUGUGCAGGAAUUCAACACGACCUACAGUGUGGAGGUGGCUGCAUGCACACAGGCAGGGAGCGGCAUGGUCAGCCCACGAGUCUGGCUGUUUGUGCCAGAGGACAAAUCAGAGGUGCCCCCGUCGUCCAGCCCUGAAGCCAGGGUACCAGACUCGGUCUAUGUGGUGCUUGGCGUGGUGUGUGGCUUCUGUCUUCUGCUGCUUCUCCUCUGGGGCGCUAUCUGUGUUCACAACAGGACGUCUGACUCCUGGUUUGGGCGGGUGUUUGGAGGUGGAGAAAAGCCGCAGCCUUUUGUGCAGUACAAACCCCACAGAUCCUACAACCGAUCAGUCAUAGGAAUCACACUUGGGAACCUCGGUGUCAGUGAAGAACUGCAGGCCAAACUUGAGGACGUGAUGGUCAUGAGGAGCUUGCUCUCCAUAGGGAAGGUUCUCGGAGAGGGUGAAUUUGGCUCCGUGGUGGAGGGACAUUUACGACAACCGGACGGAACAUCAGAAAAAGUUGCUGUGAAGACGAUGAAACUGGAUAGCUUCUCUCAAAGGGAGAUUGAAGAGUUCCUGAACGAGGCGGCCUGCAUGAAAGAUUUCAACCACCCUAACGUCAUCAGGCUGCUCGGUGUGUGCUUGGAAGUAGGCUUAGGAAAUUUUGCCAAGCCCAUGGUCAUCCUGCCUUUCAUGAAAUAUGGAGAUCUUCAUAGCUUCCUUCUUCGCUCACGUCUGAGAGAGUGUCCAGUGUUCUUGCCCACUCAUACACUCCUUAAGUUCAUGGUUGACAUUGCUUCGGGUAUGGAGUAUCUCAGUUGUCGUAACUUUCUGCAUCGUGACCUGGCGGCUCGCAACUGCAUGCUGCGUGAUGACAUGACAGUGUGUGUAGCAGACUUUGGGUUAUCUAAGAAGAUCUACAGUGGGGAUUAUUACAGGCAGGGCAGAAUAGCCAAAAUGCCUGUAAAAUGGAUUGCUGUAGAGAGUCUGGCAGACAGAGUUUUUACUGUAAAGAGUGACGUGUGGGCAUUCGGCGUCACCAUGUGGGAGAUCGCUACGCGAGGCAUGACGCCGUACCCUGGCAUCCAGAACCAUGAAAUUUACGACUACCUUCUGGAAGGACAGAGACUGAAGCAGCCAGCAGACUGUUUGGAUGCGCUGUACGAGCUGAUGUACAGCUGCUGGAGGGCCGAUCCGCUGGACCGACCUGUCUUUCCCCAGCUGCGAGAAAUGUUGGAAAAGCUCACAGAGAAGUUCCCGGAGUCUUUCAGCAAGGACGAUAUCAUCUAUAUUAACACCAGCUUUCCUGAAGAGGACCUUGAUGGAGAAACACUCGCACCUGCAGUCCAUCCUCUGUUCAACUCGUCACCUUCCUGCAGCCAUCAGGCGGCAGAAAAUGCAGUGGUCACUGCGGACAUUCACGGGAGUCUGGAGGAGGACGAGGAGGACGAGGAGGACGAUGAUCGUUAUGUGGUGGUGAUCUCCACCGAUCCUUCCCUGAGAUCUCCUGCAGCGGACACUCCUCUUUUGUCAAGAGAUGCUUUAAGUCAAGCAAGCAGAGACACGGUUACUGAUGUGAUGAGUGUGGAUCGCAGCUCAAGUGACACUUCUUUGCUGCUGUAAAGGUCGGUACCCAGCAGAUCAAAACUGUAAUAAAAACUGGUUCAUCAGUACUAAACCGUAUGCCUCAUUGCACUGCGAGCACCUUGACAUUUCCUGAUGUGGACUUUCUGUCGUAUUGUUAUAUAAGCAGUUUAUGCUUCAGCCUACAUGUCAGUGUUAGGAAUGUUGUCAAUGUUCCAUAAGCUUAAGAUACACUGAACUGUGAAAUUGUUUUACUGUAUUGACUUUUGUGUUGCAAUGUAAAUAUAGAAAUGUACAGAACAUUUGUAAAGUGAUCUUAUAUACUGUAAAAACAAAUACAUGAUUCAUAGAUUUCUUCAAAACUCUAUUAAAAUGAAAUACAUUUUGCCAAGA